AUCUGGCAACCCUUGUGACAGGCUUGUUCAGGACGGAGCACUGAAGCCGCUGCUGCUGUCAUUAAAUACACUUUAAUAUUUCUGUGGAGAAUAAUUAUAAACCUGUACAAACAUAUACUGCAGUUAUUUCAAGUAAUCGGAACCAUGUCGUCAGCGGGGGGACAGGGAGGAGCUUUGUCCACUAAAGCCACAGGACCAAAGAGGAUGAAAUGGGCUCUGGAGCUCAGUCUGUCCAACACCAGGACACGAGGAGACAGGCAGCUUAAGGAUGGAGAAGUUAUGUAUCCUGUGGGAUACUCGGAUAAACCAGUCCCUGACACCAGCGUACAGGAAGCAGACCGCAACCUGGUGGAGAAGAGAUGCUGGGAUGUCGCCCUUGGCCCCCUGAAGCAAAUCCCCAUGAAUCUGUUCAUCAUGUACAUGUCUGGCAACACUAUUUCUAUCUUCCCCAUCAUGAUGGUGUGUAUGAUGGCGUGGAGACCCAUCCAGGCGCUCAUGUCCAUGUCUGCCACCUUUAAACUGCUAGAGAGUUCAAGUCAGCAGUGGCUCCAGGGUUUGGUCUACCUAAUCGGCAACUUACUCGGAUCAGCGCUGGCCAUCUACAAGUGUCAGUCAAUGGGUCUCCUCCCAACGCAUUCGUCCGAUUGGCUCGCCUUUAUCGAACCCCCACAGAGGUUGGAGAUAAUGGGUGGAGGAUUGGUCCUGUGAGCCUUCGAAACCUCUUGUACACAUUUACUCUCACACACUUGCCCUUUGCCUGUUUGACACAAUUUCAUUAAUUUAUGUACAUUUUCAAUUAGAUCGCCUUUGUCUUUUUCAUGUGUUUCUGCUACAUAUAACAGUGUCCUUACAAAAAGAGAUUUAAUAAACAUAUUUGACUUAAA